AUGGAGGCUAAUCAAGGAAAUGUGAUCAGUUUUAAAAUGUACUUUUUACAAAACGAUUGGAAUGAUGUGCUCGCAUCAAACCAUGGAAGUAAUGAAAGCAUUUGGUUGUUCGUUAAAGAGUUGACUAAUUCCAAAGCUAAAGAGUACAAAUUGAAAACUGUCAAAAACAAUUCGCUAGUUUUAGAAGUUCCCACAGAUGAAUUUACAAUCAUAAAUUCUCUUGAUGUCGCUCCAAGCGGUAUUGCCGUGUCGUCUAGUGAUGGCGCGGCCAAAGUUUGGGACACUGUCAACGGCCAAAAUAAACACAACCUUGAAGGCCACUUUCUUGAUGUCAACAAGUGCAAAUUUUUUCCAUCUAAUGAAGUGAUCCUCACUGCGGGUGCUGAUAUGCAGAUGAAGAUUUGGUCAGCGAUUGAUGGAAAAUGUCCUGUUACUUUACUUGGCCACAAAGGUGCCAUCAAUGAUGUUGCAAUUGUCGACCGUGGACGGAACAUCAUUUCAGUGGGAGGUGAUGGUUUGGUUAAAUUAUGGAGUUGUGCAAAGGCCCAAUGCAUCGAGAAUAUAUUUGACAUUACCACUCAAGAUGAUCACGGACCCAAUCGAUCAAUUAAUGUUUGCAAGAUUAGAUCGAUCAACAGUACCAGCCUCGAUAUUGGUGUUCGAGAAGAGCCCAUUUCUGAAGGUGCAGUGGGCACAGAGGAUAAACUACCAUUCAGCGGCGUGUUGGUUGGCCGACAGGACGGAACUGUGACCUUUGUGUACGACGACCAGAAGCAAGUUAUCCACCUGACCGGAUCUGACUGUGAUCCAGUUUACGAUCUUGCCUACGACUCCAAGUUCAUCUACUCAGCCUGUCGUGACGGAAAGGUGCGAAAAUACCUGCUCAAUAACGCAUUUGAGUAG